AGACUAAGUGGUCUAGUCAGAGCACAAUGACGCAUAUUGGACUGCGGCCACAGACUUUGAUUGCUAGAAACAAAUGCAGGGCCGUCAGUCAUGGGCUUUGAACAGAGAAAGGCGUCGUUAACUGAAAUUAUUAUUUAAAGCUUACUAAUGAAAUGCUACGUUAAUUGCAGAAUGGGGGAAGAUGGCUUGAUACCACGGCUGGGUAAUAUGAAGGCUUUGUUGGGGAUCCUGGCGGGAGCCGGAGCCUCUUACGGCUUAUACAAACUGUUACGCGGAGGAGAUGCGGAGAUCAACAAAGCGAGCCAGAGAAAAAGUAACGCUAACGCCAUGGCCGUACAACCGGGGAGCCUUGUGGCCAAAGUGUCUGGUUUUAAUGUUGUUAGUAAGACUGACAGUGGGAAUCUGACCACAGAAAUGGCAUCAAGCGAAAUUCUCUCAAAAUCCCCUGGUAGUCUGGAGCCCCGGCACCUCAGCAUGCUUCUCUCUCUUCUGCAGAGCAGUCCCAGCCCAGCAGAGAGGAGGGAAGUCCUCAUCACUUUAGGGAACGCUGCUGCUUUUACAGUGAACCAGGACCUUCUCCGGGAAUUUGGAGGCCUUCACAUCAUAGCAGGUUUCCUCUCUGACCCUUCACCUGACGUUAGAGUGCAGACUCUGAAUGCCCUGAAUAAUCUGAGUAUGAAUAUCCGAAAUCAAGAGCAGCUAAAGAUAUACGUUCCAUCAGUGGUGCAGUUGAUCGAGAUGUCCCCUGUGAACUCGGACCUUCAGCUGGCGGCACUGAGGCUGCUGACUAAUUUGACAGUGACGGAUAACCAUCAGCAUUUAAUGAAGAACUCCAUCACGCUCCUCUUGUCACUACUUGUAGUCAGCAGUGAGGUCCUACAGAUCCAGGUUUUGAAGGUUCUUGUGAAUUUAUCAUCCAAUCCAGACAUAAUGGAUGACAUAGUACAAGCCCAGGCACCAGCCUCCCUCGUGCUCCUCUUUGACGGCUGCACCAGCACAGAUGUACUUCUUCGCCUGCUGUUCUUUGUGGGGAACCUGCGGGCCUGGAGGCCGUCUGCACAGGUGGCUGAAGCUCUGAGGAGGCAACAGGACUCUCUUUAUUGUGUGCUGCUGGACAGCUCCUCUCAGUUCCACAGCAGGCUCCCCCUGCUACUAUCUCAUCCAGACGAGGAGAUUAAAGCUCAGGUGGCACGGCUCCUCACCUAGCCUCUAAACCUGGCUUCACUCUGCCUUUAACUGCCACAACCUCGCUGUAUCUUAUGAAGUCUGUUGCCUGGCCAGUGCACUUAGAAAUACACCUUGUACUGGUGUUCAAGGGGAAUGCCUCUCAUAAAUCAAUAUUUCAUGCUAUCAUUGGAUAUGUUAUGAAGGGUAGCAAAUUUUCAAUCAAACAGUGAACAACAAAUAAUAGGUCUGUGCAAAAACAUUGAAUUUUUGGAAGAUUUCUCUGAUAAACACAAUUGUGUAGCUUUAGCAUUGGGUAGCAAAAUGCUUUCUUUACAUCUGAGAGGUUUCAUGAAUUUCUUUCUCUCCUUUGUGCCUGUAUCCCUCCUGGAAGGUAGCAGAGGGACUAGAUGGGACAGGGAAAAGAAAUAGGAAACAAGAUUCGUCAGGCUGUUUUUACAGCGAGUGGUGUUUGCCAAGCAAAUUCCUCUUGGGAGUUUUGCUUUUGCCUUGUCUAAGGCUCGUGAUCUCACUGCCAAACCCUUUUAUAGCCAAGUCAAUGAAUGUUUCACUCUAGAUGAAUUUCACACAAAGUGCUUCCUAUACCUUCUCAGUCUGAAGAAAUGACUGUAAUUUCUGGUUGCGGACAUUCUUGCAUUGCCUGUGAAAUUUAUAAGCGUUAAAAGAAAUGGACAACAGAUGCAUGAAGUAAAGGGUGCCAUUUUUUCAGCUGUUUCAGCUCUCCAGUUCUGUAUGAGAUCUGCAUGUUCUGAGAAGUGUUUGGGAUGUAACCUGAAUCUGUUAAGUGUAGUGUGUCAUUAAAGGGGCUGUUUUUUUUUUUUUUUUUUAAUCUGGAUCCCAGAUAGCAUUGUCGGUGUCAGCAUUGUGAAAAUAUGUAUGUAUUAUACUUAUCAGUACUUUGCCACACUUGCUGUGAUUGCGUGGAAAUUACAUUUUAAAGUACAGUGUCAUCGCCACUGUUGAUGAUUGAUGCUCACCAGAGACAAACUGCUUGGUUUCAGAGGAAAAAACAACUAUCACAUAGGUUUAAUAUCGGCUUUGGACUGAUUUAUUGCUUUUGGAAUGCUUGUUGCAUAGGUUUAUUUUAAUUUAUUUGUAUUGAAAUUUGAAAUAAAUGAUUUAUUUUGAGUGGA